AUGUUCUUCAAAACUACUGUCUUAUUGGUUGUGUUCAUCGUCGCUGUUCGAGCUGACAUUUACGAUGAGUUACUCCCGCAAGUUGGGAAGAUCUUAGAAGGGAGUCUUAUUCCUGGCAAGACCGGAAGAUUGUGUACGUGUGAAGAGCAAUCGGAAUGCUUUGCCGCGAUGAAGGCGCAAAGUGUUGCAUGUGCUGAUUCUUGUUGGGAACAUUUAAAGAGUAGAUUCCCAAAGCCCGAGGAGGUCAAGAAGUGUUUGAUGGAGAAUGACGUUGAGAUUGGAAUCGCCAUGGAUUGUUUCGAACAUGACAUGAACACGUAAGUCGACUAAUAACAAGUAUAGUUAGCGCUAUCAGGAGGUUAUUUGACAACCGUUAUAGAGUAAUGAACAUCAUUUCAGAUGCCAAAAAUCCUUAACAGAAGAACAGGUUCCCGCCCGAGACAUUGAGAAAAUGUUAAACCUAAUUCUGUUCUAUCUGAAGGAGAACGCAAACAAGACUGCUCAACCUUUCUCGACCCCUAUUCAACGGUUGAUCGGAACCUCUGAGCAGUAUGCCACUUGCGUCAAGGACUGCAUGCUUGAGAAGAACAAGCCCAACGGAUUCUGCUUCGAUCAGAAGAAAUGCCAGCUCAAACUGUCGGCCCAUGAAGUCAAGAACUCGAUUAGAACGUGUACCGAGGCUCAAGAGUGGAGACGCCACAUUGGAGAGACAUGUAAAUGCAUGGCUGAUGCGGGAGUGACGUAAGUCUUUCAAUCCUUGCCAUGAUCUAAUGUCAUCCGUUUUAGUGAGCUGACAAAACUGUGCCCAUUGCUCAGCGCAAUGGCUGGAAAGCCCAAACCCGAAUAA